UGAGCGCAGAGAACCUGGAAGAGGGUGGAAAAUGACAAGAGGACGGAGAAUGUUUGAGGAUGAAAUUCGGCUUAAUCACCACAAAAAAACAUGUCUUUCAUCUGAAGCCUGGUAUUUUAUUCUCAAGAACGUGGACCUAUAUGCCCCGGGAAACUUUUCUUGGCAUUGAAUAACCUGUAAGGCAGUCGACGGGGUUUUAUUUGCGGCGGCAAAGGCGCAGCUUGUGAUCCGUUAAGUUACCCCCCCCCCCUUUACAGAAUGCCGCGAAACAACAAAACUCCUCUCAUUCAGAAGAUAGCAAAGCAAGCUUUUAUGACCUUUAAAUGUUUGAAAUACCCGAGCAACGUAGAUAAUACAAACUUUGCCGAAAAACAGGCAGAACUGAACUCCUUAGUGACCGCUAUCAGGGCAGCGGAUCUCAAAAUAUCUCCCCGGGAAUCCAAAGUGACAUCCGGUACAGCGGAGCAGCAGCCCCCGGUGAGCUACAUGCACAUCUGCGAGACGGAGAUGUUCAGUAUGGGGGUGUUCCUGCUCAGGACCGGAGCCUCCAUACCGCUCCAUGACCACCCGGGCAUGAACGGGAUGCUCAAGGUCAUAUAUGGAAAGGUGAGCAUCAGGUGCUUCGACAAAGUAGAAAGUGGUCACCCCGUCAGUGCUGCUCCACCGCGGUUUGAUCCCCCUCUGCCUCCAAACCAAAACGAUUCCCUGUGGCGCACUGUGCUUCGCUCAGUAGCGGAGUACUCUGAGACCAGCGGACCUUGCCUCCUUACACCUCAACGGGAUAAUCUCCACCAGGUGGAGGCUGUGGACGGACCAGCUGCAUUCCUGGAUAUCUUGGCACCACCAUACGACCCAGAUGCUGGACGGGACUGUCACUAUUACAGAGUUCUGCAAAUCCAGGUUGACCCUGCAGGAACAGGCGAAAAGGGCAACCAGGACCAACAGGAAGAGAAGGAGGGGAAGGAAAAUGAGAUGUGGCUUUUAGAAGUCUCUCAGCCAGAGGACUUCUGGUGUGGAGGAGAACCUUACCCGGGUCCUGUAGUUUCUGUGUGAAACCUCAGACCAUUGGAACUAUAGCAGUACUACAAACUAAAUAAUACCGUCCGUAACCUACUCCUCCAGAGCAGGAAUUCUACCGAACUUCAAGUAAAACAAGUGGUGUAGAAAAAGUAUUGCAAAUAGGCUGUUUCUGCUUGGAGACUGUAUUGCUAUGUACACACAUGAAUGUAAUCAGCCAACUAGACAUUUUACAUGAUCUCAGAAAAUGUCAGUGAGUGCUGACAGAUGUGAUAGAGGAAAACAUGCCAAACGUUUUAUGACUUACACUAAUUGAGGACUGUAACAUCUCUGAACACCAAAGAAUUAGAAUAAUUUCUUUAUUUUAAUGCGACCAGCGGCCAGCCAUAUAUAAAGAGACUUGUUAGUAACAAUGAUAUAUCAAACCAAAGAGGCAAUUGCAGUGGUGAUUCUCAGGAACAGACACAAACACACAUUACUGGCUCAUUGUGAUCAUGGCGUUGAUGUGCCAACACUCGUUGAACUAAUACUGGAAGUGGAACUUGUCACACAGUCUGCAUCUUAACAUAUACAAUUGUAUGACAUUUAGCACAACUCAUUACUCAAUUGUGUUUUCUUACUCAAAUGUUUAUUCUUGUAUUUGUGUAGUCUUUACACAGUAGCAUGAGUGUGGCAGCAUUCACACAAUUAUACUUGCCUGCCUGUUCAUACUGUCUUUUGCCUGUACGGGCAUUUUAAACAGCAAUGUAUCAUUUUUUGCAAAAGUCUUCAUCACACCUUUGUACUCAUUUGUUCUUCUAAUGCACACAAUGUACUAGAUGUUUUCUUGUGUCAUCAUGAUAAUAUUGAUUUGAGAGAGCUCAUUUUGUGUGGAUAAAUAUUGUUUUUUAGUAUAGAGGCACACAUAUUAAGUCUAUCACUAAACGUCCUUAAAAUUCCACAUUGUAUAUACCCAGUAAAGUAAAGCUUAAAAUGA